UUUAUAAUGGGCUCAUAUAAAAUUCACCAUAUAAUUUUAUUUUAUUUUAUUUUUUUGUACAUAAUAUCAUAUAUACAUAUAUUAAUCAAUUACCUUCUAUAAAUCUUUUUUCAAAAUUAAGGAAUACGAUUAUUUCUAAAAUGCUUAAAAUCUAUUAUUGGGUUGCCCAUAUGGAUUAUACCUCUGAAAUCUAUUGUUUUGAUGUCCACCUCUAGGCGGGUUUUGUUGGUUAUUUCUGUAAUUAUUACCACCAGAGAAGUUGUUUCCAUGAUUGUUCUGAAAAUUGUUGUAACCAGAUCUAGAUUGAAAAUUCUGUUGAGGAUUUGGUCCUCGAGGAUAAUGUCCUCGAUUGUUUCCACCCAUGUUAUAAGAGUUCCUUCCCAAACUGGCUUGAACCAUUCUGUGUCCACCGGCACUUAAAUGUCCAGUUGGUAGGUUUCUAUUGAAACCAAUAACUGGUCUAUUGUGACCAGACUGGCCUUCUGGUCUAGAGUUUAAGACAUUUGGUGGGUCUAUUGCAUUAGUAAGACGUAUGGCAGGAAAAAUAAAAUCACUGUCAUAUUCUGGAUCCCGAAAACGGAAGGUUAUAAUCUCGUUUGACAUUAUAUUAGGUAAGCCAUUUAUUGGUGAUGUCAAUGUGCCUGAGAUUUUUAUAUUAUCUUCUGCUUCUAAAAUACUUCCAGCCAUUCUAUCCAAAACCACCUUUAUUUCUUUGUCCAUAGAAUUAAGUGAUUUCAAUUGAUGUUUCAUCCAUUCAAAUUUAUUAUGCAAUUGUCCAAUAUAUAAACGAUUAUCGCCUCUCUUAUUUCGCCGGACUUCCUCCUCUGUUAAUUUUUUAUAAAAAGGCUCAAGAGCUUUAAAAAGCCGCCGCUCGUCAACAAAAGGAAGUAAAGCUACUCCUUGCCAAGCAAACUUUUUUCCAUUUAAAUCGAUUUUAAAGUCCUCGGGAUAAAAAUCAAUAAUUGGUGAAUCUGGAUCAGACAUUAAUGUUGCCCAUGGUUUUGGAACAUGAGAAGAACUGGCGGCGGGAAAUACCCCCAUUAACUGUUCUAGUGGAUUAAACGGUUUUGUACCCUUGUCAAAAUUGGUCGAUAAGCCAGUAAUGUUCACGAAAUCGGAUGCAAAUGGUGCGUAAUGGUAUGGAAAAUACCAAUCCCAUGAUGCACAACCUUGAUAAUAAUAUUUUAGAACCCAGCAAAGUCCGCGCACAUAUUGCAAUGCAACGGAAUAUCGAAAGCCUUGAUUAUUAGUACCAACAUCAAACUUCGAUUCGUAAUACCGAUUUUUAAAACCAGCUUCGUACAAUCUAACCUCGUCAUUGUCAUUUUCGUCAGAAUCGUUAUCAAGACCUGCUUCUGCAGCUGUCCUUUUAACGCCUUUAUUAUUUUGAGUUCUCAAUUUUACAGCUUCUUCUUUAUAGUUGAAUGCUGGUUGUGAAUUCGAUGCACCUCGAUUUACAGCAGUUGGUUGAAAAAAUGAGGACACACUAAGGCUUUCAGCUUUAUAUUCAUUUUCUCGCUGGCGUUUCUGUCUUGCCUUAAAUAUCUGCUCCCGUCGUUGUCUCUCUUUAAAUAUAUUAUCUUCAACAUUACCCAAAUCAGUUAGAAUCAUUUGAACACGUUGCAGAUUGACUUCACCUGAAUUCGUUAAAUAACCCCCAGUCUUAUAUACACAUUUUUUAUACAAUUCCACCAAGCGAUCCACUGCGCCUUCCCUAAUUUCAAGACUUGGUAAAUGUGGUAAAAAGUCGUUUCCAACAAAGAAGCACAUAAAAACCCAAUCAUCCAAAGCGCGCUCAAAAUCAUAUUUAAAUGGCAAAUUUGGCAUUUCUAAAGUCUUUUUAAGAUAUUCUCGAAGAACACUCAAUCUUACAAAAAUAAAUCUAACUUCAGCGUUUAUUGGAACGUCCGGCUUAAAGCUUUCAUCUUUCGACCCACUUGCGUUUCCUAGUCCUACACAUUUCUGCAUUUCAUGUCCAUAUUGUUUACAUAUCUCACAUGGGCGAGGUUUGUUUGGUAAAAACUCUUCUCGUAUAAUUGUGAAAUUCGGUUCAUGAGUAGCAAGUCCUAACAUAAUCAAAUCUGCAUCUGCACCACAAAGCACAUGUUGAGUAUUGGCAUCGUGAUCUGGCUGAGCCCUUUGUUUACGAAUAUAGUCCAUUAUUUUGUGUUCACCUUCACCGGGGACAUUCGCAUCUGACAAUACAACUUUUAUUCCUUUCCAAGCUGGGUUUGUGUUCAUACGGUCGUGGAUAUAAUAAUGUAAACACUUACUUAAUCUGUCCAUAAACGGUGUACCUGGUGUUAUACAAUUGGAAUCGAAGUGUUCCUUGUCAGUUUUCUCAGGUGGAAGUAUAUAUCCCUUGACUAAAAGUUCGUCUCUAAUUUUUUGUAUUUCCAUUCGCUUUUCAUUUGUUUCCUUAGCAGCUCUGAAACGCCGCGACCGCUGUUGAUUCAUUUUCGCCCUUGGCGCUACACCGUCAAUUGCCAUAUAUAAUAAUUUUCGUGGGCGAACAAUGCCAAACAAUCGAUCAAUACAUUCAAAUAUUGCUACCAUCAUUUCAUCCUCAUUUUUUGGGGCUGGCUUGUCUUCAGGAUGUGUGCAUGGAUGUAUAAUACCAUUCAUAUCCAAAUAUAGAUUAUCAAACUCAACUCCAUUAGGAUUUGGGAGGGUAGCGUCUUCGUAUAUUGUUUCUCCGGUGUUCGGAUCCAAAUUCUUGUUUUCUACACAAUCAACGAUGACGCAUGCAUAUUUUUUACUUAACCAUCUAAAAAAUGCUGGAACUCCCAUUAUGGUAAACUAAACUUGCAAACUUUCUUACAAAUUGCUAAAACGAGGAAUUUUAAUUCUUAACCAAAUAAGCGGACAACAUGGACAAUAGUAAUUAUCUAUAGACACUAUAUUGUGAAUAGCAAUGCAAUAAUUCAUUGCAGCUAACUUUUGGUUAAAGUGUUUGGUUGCAGCGUUGUUUUAGCUUUAAGUUUUUUAUCGAAUACAAUUUUAAAAAUUAUUUGGGAAAAGUCAUUAAUUUUAAACACGUUAAAUAUAAAUUAUAAUAUAGCAAUGUGUCAAAUUUUGAAAAGUUCAAACCAAACGUAAUUGGUAGUUAAAAUUUUACCUAAUAGAAGCAGAAAAUAUCUUAUAUUUAGGACCUUCGGUAACAAUAUGCAGUUCUCCAAUGAAUUAUUUUUAUGGAUAUGGCAAGGCUGGUAUUGGUUAUAAAACAAAAGGGAUCAAAAAUACAAUUUUGCCAUUGGUAGAGAUUUGUUUUUAAUUGUAUUCGGAAAAUUGUUAUUAACAAAUGAAGUGCAAAGCCAAAUAAAAAGUACAGACAUUAAUAAGGAAACAUUUUGUAUUAAUUGUACUGCAAAUACUGUAGCAGCAGUGGAUAAACAAAUUAUGUGAAGCUAAUUUUGAUGAAUUGUGAUAAUUGCGAAAGGUUGUAUCGAAAAUACGUUAAAGAUUAUCAGAAAUCAGCAAAAAAACCUAUAGUGAGAUACCACGAUAUUUAUUUAAUGGAAUAUGCAAUACAAACAAAAGUGCAUUGAAAUGAAUUGCAGUUAUUGUGGGAUGCAAAGAGAAACACUAUAACUUAGCUCUACUCGUAAUAACAACAAAAACUAUUCAAAUUGAAAUGGCAUACAAAAUCCUGGAAAUGAAUUAAUGUAAUAUAUUUGUUACUGAUAAACAUUGCUUGGCGGGUAUAAGAGAAAAUCAGUUGCAAACCAACUACAAAUCAUAUAUUCGCGAGUCUGUCAAUACUUCGCAGUCAUCCUUGACACUUAAUUCUUUAGUAUCUCGCUUUUGCUGGUCUUCUGAGUGGUCAAUGGCUGACUUUGAUGCAAUAUAUGAAGAUGAACAACUGGAGGAGCACUAUGAAGAUCAAAUGGUUGCACCCGUCCCAGAACCAAUCAUCAUUCGAGGUGCUGGCAACAUGACAGUAUUUGGUUUGAGUAAUCGUUUUAAUACAGAAUUUCCCUCGGGUCUAGUUUCGCGUGUUGCACCUGAAGAAUUCAAAGCAACAAUCGGACGUAUUAACGGCAUUUUAAAGAAAACAUUACCGGUAAACGUGAAAUGGCUAUUCUGCGGCUGUGUAUGCUGUUGUUGUACAUUAGGUUGUUCUCUGUGGCCGGUCAUUUGUUUGAGCAAACGGACGCAAAACACACUUGAUAAGCUUCUUGAAUGGGAGAAUAGCCAUUUGUAUCAUAAACUAGGCCUACAUUGGCGACUUCAUAAGCAACAAUGUGAUUCAAAUUCGAUGAUGGAGUAUGUGCUGCGUAUUGAAUUUAUACCGAAGACACCUAUUUAUCGUCCGGAUUAAAUAAAUAUGAUUUAAAGAUCGAAAAUCCUUUUAAGCGGGGGUGGGGGGUUUUAAGUCGGCCAUGGGCGUCAUUAUGCAUAUAGUUUGAAAUAAUUUUGAAUAACUUUGGAAGGAACAAUACAACUAUAAAUACUAAUUAAAAACAAUCGAAACUAUUAGUUUGUAUAUAUGAACUUAUACGUAUUAUAUACAUAUAUGUACUUGCUAAUAACUAAUACAUAUAUAGACGGUAGAAAAAAAACCGACAGCUGAUAUUGAUUUGCCAUCUGUGCGCAACUACUAUAAAUGCAGUUAUUAUGAAAGGAAAUGCAAGGACAAGCUUGAAAUUAUUUUUGUUGCAAACUGUUUAAAUGAUAUUUUGGGGUUGCUUUUAUUUAUCUGUUUUUUUUUUUUUUGCUUUCGUCCAUAUACAUGUUGCUAUGGUCACUUAGAAAAAUAUAGCAAAAUAAUUUCCCUUGAAUGUUUAUGGUAUGUAAAUGUGAUGAAAAUUAUAAUAAAACAUUUUUAAUUUAAUUUUAAUUUACAAGAAUUUAAAGAAAACAACUAAUAUUAAUUGAAAGCGUAUGCUUCAAUGAGAAAAUUGUAUUCGCUUAGAAUUAAGUCACUUACGAUUAUUUAAAAAAUGCUAAUAAAGAUUGUAUAUUUAAAAGAAAUAAAGGUUUUUGUUUUCCCGCGUAA